CAGUGAUUAGACAUGCGAAGAAAAUAUAGAUUCGCGGUGUGUAAAUAUGCCAGAUAGGUGACUAGUCUUGAUAAAAUGUUCAGCUGUUUGUGUUCCGACUGCAAUCUUAUUCAGUUGAGUGGAAUUCUAAAAGACACGUUUGCUGAAAAUGUUAUAAAUAUUGGUUUGUGUGCGUCGGUGUGUUUGUAACGCGAUAAUUGUUUAUCAAUUGAAAUUUGAUAAUUCGAAAAAUACAGUGCAAUUAAUAAGAGCAACAACUUCAGUACAAUGCAUGUCGCAAGUCUCGAAAUGAUACAACCUCAUUUCGAACCGGCAUCCAUAGAUUACCAGCAGCAACAAACGCACCACCAGCAGCAACAACAGCAGAAGCAACAAGAACAACAGCACCAACACACAGCACAGCAACAGCAUCAACAGCAGCAGCAACAGCAGCAGCAGAUUUCCAAAAUUAUCAGCAAUCCUCCUCCAGCAAUUGUUAGUGCCCCAAAUGGAACAACGAUGUGUGUCGCCAAGCUUAUGAUUGGGCUAGAUCAUGCACCUCCCGCAUUUAAUGUGCGAUCGCGUGUAUUGGGUGACGGCGGUACAAAUUUAAACUAUAUUCGCACUGAAACAGGUGCUAUAGUCACGUUAAGAGGUCGGGGAUCCAUGAAUCUUGAACCACAAACAAUGCAAGAAGCUCCCGAACCAUUACAUUUGUUCAUUGAACAUCCGUCAUUGGAAGGGCUGCAGAGUGCCAAACAGUUGGCGAAAAAUUUAAUUGAAACCCUACAAGAAGAGCUCUCCUUCUUCCAAGAGAACAAUAUUCCUAAAGCAAACUUUCAGCUAAUACCCCAAUCGAACUUAGUGCAAACGACCCAAGUCACGCAAAUGCCUCCGAUCCUAAGAACCCAGCAUGUUACGCAGCCCAAUGGUAUUAUUCAUCAACCACCGCCGACAGUUCUUGGUCCACCCCCGCCAAAUUUUGUCCAACACCCACCCGCUUUGCCACAAAGUCAGCCACCACCACCGCAAAUCAUUCAGCAGGCGCCUACAAUAAUACAGUCACACGUGCCAGUACAAAUCCAUCAACAGCCGAAUAAUGUUGUAAUCUCACAAAUCCAAACCACAGCGCCUCCAUCGCAAAUUGCAAACGUAAGCAAUCCUCCACCGGGGACACAAAUACGUCCCCCUAUAGUGCAGAUCAAAAACUCACCUGCUGGAACCCAUUUGUCUCAGCCACCGCCAAGCAUACAAAUUCAGCAGGCACCGACCGAGGCAGCCCAGCAGAUCAUUGUCAAUCCCGCACCGCCAUACCAGGUGCAGUAUAUACAGCAAAAUCCAUCCAUUCAGACCAGCAGUGGUCCCCAUCCGAGUGGACAGGUUACGAUUCAGCAUCUCAUUCAGCCCCAACCGCAGCCUGUACAGGGAAUUGUACAAACAACAAUACCUCCGCCUCAAUUCGACCACUUUCAGCGGCCACCACAAACUCAACAGAUCAUCACUGUGCAGGGCAGCACAGCGUUCAUGGUUCCACCGCCGAACAUUAUUCAUCAGACGGCACCACAACCACAGAAUCAGAUAAUUUUCCAAACACAGCAACCGAUUCUUACGCAUCAUCCGCCUCCGGAGUUGGCCCCCAUGGGACCACAAGCGCCGAUAACUCAACCGACGGGAAUGCUCAUAAACGGGGCGGACGGAAAGAAAGUUGGUGGACCUGCGGAGUUGCAAAUCAAGCAGGAAUCGCUCAAGCUCGAUGAGGGCCCACCUCCCGGGACCAUCCUGCAGCAAAUUCCGACCAGCGGCCAACUAACUAAAACAACUGUGAUUCCUGUUUCGUCGAUACCGGGCAUACCGAUCAGCCAGCCGCCACCACCGAUCAUGUCUGUGCCUCCACCGACAGUGCAACAUAUAGUCGGCAAUACGAUCAUUACGUCGCAACCGAAUGCACCAAUCAGUCAUGGUGGGAUUCCGCAGCAAAUUUUUAGCCAAAUACCUGUGUCGAUUCAAUCGUUUGCUCCACCUCCCCAACAAAUGCAAGUGAGUGGGUCUCAUUUUGUCGUCAGUGCACCACAACCAUGGCCUGUGGUAACUGCAUCAGCCGCAGGACAACAAAUACAGCAAGUUCCGGUCAGCACAGUGCCGAGUAUACAGAUAACUACACAACCCAUGCGGAACCCAAAUGAAAUUCACAUCAUUAGUCAACCCACGAUUAUUAGCGCUGCGGAGUAUCGGCCGCCGGCAUCGCAGCAGCAGCAAAUCAUAGCGACUAGUGCAUUUAAUCCACAAAUUCAACCUCCGCAAGGUGUACAGGUUCAAUUUCAUACGGUGCCACCGCCAACUCAGCAAAUCAUUACCAGCUUGGCUAAUGCACAAACGCAACCUCCACCACAAGCACCACAGUCGCAGCUAAUUGAAAAUCAACAAGGACCACAGCAUCAAAUUAUAAUAAAUGCCCCGAUUCCUCCACAACCACCCCCACCGCCACCGUCCUUUACGGCUGUACAAUAUUCUACUCAAGAAGCUCCAAAGCCUAAUGUCGAACAGAUGCAGCAAAGGCCACCACCCCAACCACAACCUUCGCAGCAGCAAACGUCGCAUAGCUUAACGACGCAAUCACAACCGCAUACAAUUAUGCUGCGACCAGGCCAAAAACGCAAAAUAUCUGAUGAGGAUCUUAAUAAAACAAUGCCACCCAAAAUAGGCAUGGGUUCGAAUUAUGGGGGCAAUAUGUGUAGGAUGAGUGGAGCCGGAAGGAAAAUGCCAGUGGGAAACAAUGGAGGAAUCUUGACGGCCGCGCAAGCCAAAUGCAUAAUGUCAUCGGUAUCAACUGGUACAGCAACUACGACAUCUACAUCUGGGGUCGGCUUAAUAUCUUCUCAAAUAUCUGCUGAUCCCUUAGUAGACUACAGACGUCAAAAAUAAACGUAGGUUCUCUAGGCAUCCCGGCUGUUUCAAUCCAGGACGGCAAUCAAACCAGUUCUACUGUUUUGGUACAGUGAAACCAAUUGCAUCGCAUCGUAACUGUUAACCAGAUGACAACUUUAGAACAACCGUAGCCGGUCGUAUUUUAAACGCGACUAGUAGAGUAGAAUACUUUUCAAUUUGUAUGAUACCCAGCGCAAAUGCAACGGCAACGUAGAAGCAUCAUCAAAAAGAGCACAACGUUGUAGGAUACCGAACUACAGCAACUAACAGAUUGUAUAUCUGAUUGAUAUUGUUAAUGUGUUGUUAAAUAAUUCACGCUUUCCUUUUUUGUCGUAGCAGUGAUCAGGUUAAAUGUAACUCCGAUGUUCUUAGGCCACAAGCUUACCUUGAGUGCAGCAAAAUGUGCAACAUCGCAUCGUUUUACAGUCUGAUAGUAGUCUCUACUGGUACGUGAUUGUCUAGGGAAACGACAUUGUAUGAUAAUGUAAUUAAAUCAAUUCCGAUUUAUGUAGUAUGUACGUCAGUUUUAAAUUAAGUUUGAUCAACAAUAUCAUCAUGCGGUAGCAAGCUCGCUCUUGAAUCAACAGUUGUAUAGAUUAAUUUAUAGCCACUGUUUUGUAUCCAAGCUUUGAAUGACCGACGAAGAAGGAAAGUCAAUAGCGUAACUGAAAAGUGUCACAAGCCGUGAACUUCUAGGAAGUGGUGGAAUUAUUUAUAUAAUUGUGAAUAUUUUUUUCUAAAUUUUGAAGAAAAAAAAACAGAUAUCCAUUAUCG